AUGGCACAACAAUAUCAGAAGAGUGGAGGAGAACAUGCAGUUUACUACUUAAGCGAGAAACUGUUGGAGUAUGAAACUCACUACACCUCAUUGGAAAAUAUGUGCACCGCUUUAGUUUGGGCAACCAGGAGACUAAGGCACUGCAUGAUCACACAACCGAUACGGCUCAUUUCAAGGAUGGAUCCAAUUAAGUACCUCUUUGAGAAGCCAGCUUUGACAAGGAGGAUGGCCAAAUGGUUGUUACUGUUGUCAGAGUUUGACAUUACCUAUGUCAACCAGAAGUCCAUAAAAGGACCAGCAAUCUCAAACUAUCUAGUCGCAUACCCAAUCGGGGUAGAUUCACAACCGCUAGAAGACUCAUUCGCAGAUGAGAAUUUGGCAUUUGUGGAAGAAGAAAACUGUAAAGACCGGUGGCAAUUGUACUUCAACGAUGCAGCCAAUCAGAGAGGAUAUGGGGUAGGGAUAUUGUUGAUAACCCCAGAUGAUCUCUAUUUUCCAUUUGCAUUCCGACUAGAAUUCCCGUGCACUAAUAACAUUGUAGAAUAUGAAGCCUACGUAAUUGGCCUCGAAGCUGCCAUGGCACUAGAAAUAAAAAAGUUAAAGAUUUAUGGGGAUUUGUCGAUCGUGAUUUACCAGACCCAAGGAAAGUGA